UAGAGUUUUAAUGAUGGAGGGGAGAGAUGUGCCCCCAUUAUGGGGUACAAUAUUUUUAUUCAAAAUAAAAAUAAAAAAAAAGCGAAUUUGUUAGAUUGUUUGUUUGUUUGUUUGUUGUAAAUGUCAAAUUUUUUAGUUGAUGGAAUUUUUGUUGUUUAUAGCAUAGUUGAAAUAUAACCUCUUAAAAAUGACAAACGAGUCGACUUAUGAGUAUGCUGCUGAAUUAAAUAAAACUGAUGGAGCCAAGUAUGAUGAAGAUGAUGAUGUUGAUAAUUUAAAAAAACAAAUAACAAAUCUUGCAAUUGUUAAUGAACAAUAUCAACAAGAUUUACAUUCAUUGCAGAGUAAAUUAAAUGUUGAACAUAAAAUACAGAAUGAAUUGCAAGAAAGUAAUGAAAAUUUGGAGCAAAUUGUCAAGAAACAUCAAGAUGUUAUGAAACAAAAAAUUCAUGAAAUUGAAGAAAAGCAUGCUGCUGAAAAACAAGAUUUAUUUGUUCGUCUUUCAGAUCUUGAAAGUGAAUCAACAAAAAAAACAGAAACAAUUGAAGAAUUAAAAUUAAAGCUAAAAAAAAGUUAUGAAAAAAUUGAAGAAUUAUCAGUUACUGAAUGUGAAUCAACUGUUGUUGAUGACUCAUCAUUGUUGCAUCAACAAAUGCAAAAUUUAAUUGAUCAAUUGUCACAAAAAGAUGCUAUUUGUAGAGAGCUUGAAGAGUAUAAUAAACACUCUUCAAAUGAAAUAUCUGAGCUACGUGAAAUUCUUGAUUCAACAAAGAUUCAAUUGUUGGAAAAAAAUACAUUGUUAGAAACAAUUAAAGAUGAAUUUGCUGAAUGUAAAAUUGAAUUAGAAUCAAUUAAAAAUGUUCCAGCAAAUGCAAAUUGCAAAGGUAACUCAUUAUUUGCAGAAGUUGAAGAUCGUCGUCAAAAGAUGCUUGACAAUAUGACUUCAAUGAAAACAAAAUAUUACGAAGCAAAAAAAAUUGUUGAUGAUAAAAAUAGAGAAAUAAAAUCUCUAAAAGCUGAACUUGCUGCUGUACUACGUAAAUUUGAAGAUGAUACUGUUGAAACACUUCAACAAAAUAUAAAUUUAUCAGAUAAAUAUAAAAAUCGUAUAACAGAAUUGGAAAUAAAGCUAAAAGAUAAAUUAAAAAUAAUUAAAAAUCUUGAAGAACAAAAAAUGAUACCAAUUAAUGAUGAAUUUAGUUUCUUUCAAUCACUUGUUGAGACAAAAAAAAAUGAAAUUGAAAGCUUAGAAAAACAGCUAGAAAAUGUAUCAAUAAAUGCUGUACUUGAAGAAGAAAUGAAACACAAAAUGGGAAGACAGCUAAGAUACUGGAGAUGUAAAGCAAUGUCAAGUGAAGCACAGCUUGUAUCAAUAAAAAUGUACUUGGAAUCAAAUUCAGAUCCAAAAAAUGAUGAAAUACAAAAAAUUUUAAAAGAAAGUUUAUCUAAAAAUCCAAAAUUAGAAGAAACACUUGAUAUAACUCAUAAAAUACCAAGUGUUAUUAAUGAAAGUGAAUAUACACUUGAUAAAUUACUACCAAAAAAAUUAAAUUUAACUCAAACAAUAACAGAUUAUUCAAUGAUUGAUAAUAAAAAUUACAACACUGAUGAUAAUGACAAUAAAAAUUUACCACUUGAGCAAACAAUUGUCAUGAAUGAAACAAUUGAAGAAACAAUAUUGGCACCAUCAACAAUUAAUAUUCAAAAUUGUCCUUCAAUUUUCAUCAAGCCAUCAUCACCAAUAUCUAAUCAAGCUAAUUUACAAAAUAAAAAUACUACUUCAAGCAUAAAAACAACAACAACAACAAAACAAGAUAAAAAAAUAUUGAGAUUCAGUGAUGAUACUAUUGAUCCAGAGCCAAAAAUUCUUAAACGUCAACAAUCAACUCCAAAAUAUCCAAUAAUUUUUGUAUCAAGUAAAUCAAAAAAACCUUUGUAAAAUAUAUUUUUCUAUUAAUUAAUUUUUUUAUACUUUUUUAUAAUGAAAAAUAAAUAUAAAUAUUAUCUCACCUCA